CAGUUUCACCUUACCCGUGAAUCAAAAUGGCGGAGCUUGGAAAAAGCGAACGACGCGUCCUGCCGUGCGUGCUGCUGAAAACCGAUUAAAAAAACGUACGCGGGGUUUUGUGAGACAAGUGCCGUGCCGUGAAAUAUAGCCGACGGACGACUGGUUGGCCAGCUGGUGGUGGUCAAUAGCGCUUGGGACUGGUGGUACGUAGUGUGGUGAAGAAGCCGUCGUGCGUGCAUAAGCAAUUCAUGCCCGAAGCAGUGCACGCCACGGACGGACACUUUUCAGGACGGAAACACAUGUGUGCUAUGACGCUUGGGACAACUCCGCUUGGAUGCAAAACCACUUCCUUCAGACCAUCAUCAACCGCUCACAGCGUGUAGUAGUAGUACCAGUCAGCAUACCGCGGCUGUCGAAUUAAAGUUUCUCUUCGGAUUCGUGCGUGGAAGUGGGUAGCAAGUGCAAGAAAAAUUAAUCGCACUAUUAUCAUCGAUGCUGUCUGAAAAAAUCGACGCAUUGGUAAAAACAACGGAAGAAGGCAGAAAAAACGAAGAGUAAACAACAAGCACGACGGGACUCGCUAGAGAAGUGUGGUGCGCGAGAUUGUGUUGGUGGAGCCGCGGUACGUGCGCGUGCGUGUGUAUGUGUGAAUGUCUUAUUUGAAUACUCGUAUCUUCUGAGCUGCCUGCUCUCCUUUUCGCCUACUUUUCUUCGGUGGGCUGGCUGUUGCUUAUGUUGCGCGAGGUAAAGCAACGCGGAAGAUACGCCAGGAGGCACCAUUUUUGGGAUCAUCAGUAGUGGAAGUGUAAAUGAAGUACAGGCUGUCAUAGGGAAAAAAGAUCUGGCCGCCGCCUGCUAAAAGGAGUGUGUUUUGUGUGCGGCGGUAGUGUGUCGGCGACCAGUGUAUGCGCUCUUGCGUGUUUCCGCGUGAGUGUGUGUAUGUGUCCUAGUGUGUAUUUUGCCCCUGCCACUGUUAAUGAGGCAUCGAAGGAAAAGGUGCAUUGUUUAUGCUCACGAGAUAAAGAGAGGGAGAGUGUGUGCGCGACGUAUAGAGAGAGAGCGAGAGAGAAUAUGAGAAAAAUUCGUCGCGCUGUGUGUCGUUUGAGUCACCUUCCUGUUUUGUUGGGCAGUGUGUGAAUGUGUGAUAGAAUUUUCCCAUCCCAAGAGAUGUACAUGGAAAAGGACGCCUGAAAACAGCAAAAGGACGUACCUAGAACGCAUGCAGCUAUACUAUCAGGUAUUGAAAUAAAGUAAAAACACAGAAGUAAAGCUGAAACGGAAACCGGAAAAGGUGAUACAGAAAACAGAACUACUCCUGCACGAUCGGAAUAUUAGGUCCACGGUGUAUCAGUAGGAUCUUCGGCGACGGGCGCCUUUCUUAAGGCGCCAGUGUGUGUAUGUGUGUGUGCGCGUGAAUUUUGCAAAGAGAUAACUAAACAAACAACAGCGCAACUAUGACAACCAACAUGUAUCGUGUCGGAGACUAUGUCUACGUAGAGACAUCGUCGACGACACCGUACCAGAUUCGGCGUAUCGACGAGUUGAACAAAACACCGAACGGCAAUGUUGAAGCGAAAGUGAUGUGUUUCUACAGACGGAGGGAUCUUCCGACACCGCUCGUGCAGUUAGCCGAUAAGCACCAGAUGGCCACAUCCGAGGACUCCCCGGCGGCGAUGAAGUUGAAGAAAAUGUGGCUCAAGACACCCGUCAGCGAAGAGCAAGCCGCCCAGGCGGUACUGGAUCCUGCCCUAGUUGCGCUAGAGGAAGAACGAAACAGCAGUCCCAACAGUGGUGGAGGCGCUGGGGAACGUGGGGAACAUCUUAACCCGAAACAGCGGCACCAGAUGAAGCAGCGGGAACUGUUCCUGUCGCGCCAAGUCGAAACGCUCCCUGCCACCCAGAUACGGGGCAAAUGCUCCGUAACGCUGCUAAACGAAGAGGAAUCAUUGCUCAGUUACUUGAACAAAGACGACACAUUUUUUUACUGUCUCGUGUUCGAUCCAACGCAGAAAACGUUGCUCGCGGACAAGGGUGAGAUUCGGGUUGGGGCACGGUAUCAGACGGAUCUGCAGCAAAUGUUGAAACCGGGCGAGAAGGAUGAUCGUAACAUUGAGGAGCUGGAGACGCUUGUGUGGACACCGCAACAUUCGCUAACCGACAAGAAGAUCGAUCAGUUUCUGGUAGUGUCGCGAUCGGUUGGCACCUUCGCGAGGGCGCUCGACUGUACCAGCUCCGUCAAGCAACCGUCCCUACAUAUGUCUGCAGCAGCUGCAAGCCGUGAUAUUACCUUAUUUCAUGCUAUGGACACGCUCCAUAAACACAACUAUUCGAUAGAGACUGCAAUGUGUUCGCUGGUUCCAUCGAGCGGGCCAGUUCUGUGCCGGGACGAGAUGGAGGAAUGGAGUGCCUCCGAAGCGAACCUGUUCGAAGACGCACUCGACAAGUACGGCAAGGACUUCAACGAUAUCAGAAACGACUUUCUACCGUGGAAAACCCUGAAGAGCAUAGUGGAAUACUACUACAUGUGGAAAACGACAGAUCGCUACGUGCAGCAGAAGCGUGUGAAAGCGGUCGAGGCGGAAUCCAAGUUGAAACAGGUCUACAUUCCGAACUACACCAAACCGAGCCCGGCAUUGAUAACGAACAACAACAAGGGUAUAUUGAACGGCAACUCGAACGGGGGCAGCGUGGAAAUGAUGAUGUAUAGCAGUACCAAGGCAUGUGAAUCUUGUGCUACUAUGGCUUCGCCGCAGUGGUACUCCUGGGGUCCGGUACACCUCAAUAAUCGGCUGUGUCAGAACUGUUGGAAUUAUUGGAAGCGUUACGGAGGCCUUAAAGUUGCAUCUAGGCUAGCGGACAACGGAGAGGUCGAUCCGGUGGCUACGAUCAACACCACUAGCAGCAAUGCAUCGCCGGUUUCGCUGAAGAAGCGGAGCGCUGGCAGCGAUAUCGAUGAUGAUCUUACGAUUGUAGCUAGUUCCGGUCCGAUCGGUGGUCUGGGCGGUGUGGCUGCUGCCACUGGUUCUCCUGGAGGGUUGAGUAAUCACCGACCGCAUAGCCCAUCGUUUAAAUGUUCAAUUGUGAAUUGUGGCAAGGAGUUCAAGCUAAAGGCUCACCUGGCUAGGCAUUACGCACAGGCCCACGGUAUACAGAUUCGAUCCGGAUCGCCGCGACCCAUCAUGAAAACGCGAACCGCAUUCUAUCUGCACACGACACUAACGACGCGACUGUCCCGACGGUUAUGUCGACACAUAAUACGAUCGAAAAAGGCAGCCCGUCAACCGUCUUACGCUAUUAACAUAGCUAGUGUUAAGCAAGAGUUUGCAAAUGCGGAAGCUGGCAAAAGCUUAACGGAGAUCCGACGGUUGCUCACGUUCCGGAAGAAGGAUCGUGGAAGCGUAACACACAUCGCGAACCGGCUCGGCAAUCCGGGCGUCAGCGUUAACGAAUGGUUGGUGCUAACACCGAAGGAAAACAUGCCGAAACCGGACGUGGUAGCUUUUCCGAAACCACCGAAAGCCCCGGACGGUACACUGUUGUACGAUCGGAUACCAAAUAAGGGUGAAGAGGCUGGUAGCAAACCGACGAAUGCGGUCGCCCCCUCGGCGGCCGGUGUCCUUGGAGGAGCAGCGUCAUUGCCGGGAACGGUGGGCGGUGCGCUCAGCGGCAAAUUGGCACCACUGGUCGGAUCCGGUGGAUUGGCGGUUACACCGAUUGUGGUUGGAGGUGGUGGUAGUAAUAGCAGUAUCGCAGCAUCAGGUUUUUCUGCAGUGACCGGAAGUGCAGGUAGUACCGGUUCGACUGCUGGUGGAGCCCUGCCGGCAAUCAAUCUACACGCAAGCACUUUGUCAUCUAAUAACAGUUCACCGAGUGGACAGCCGUCUACCGGCAGCAGCAUGGCAUCGUCUGGAGCGACAUCGUUGAAACGUCGACCGUAUGAAGAUGCAAAUGGAAUCGAUGCUACCGUAGCACCACCGGCCAAGCGACCUAAUAAGGACCCUAGACCAUCGCAUCGGCCAACUCCUGAACAGUACGCGGCAAUGAUUGCAGCCGCACAAUCCGCUGGACAACCUCUUCCCCGACACCAUAUGAAUGGAAAACCAAAAAUUGCCCAAAUGGCUCGAACUGGUUCCGGACGAAAACAAGUGAUCAGCUGGAAUGAUGCGCCGGAUGAUGUGUUUUACCGUUCUACCAAAGCGGGCCGUAAAUUACGGCGCGAAAUUCCAAUAGUAGAGUUGCGUCGAGCGGCACGCAAACCUUGGCGAAAUUUGCACCCGAAGUACUCGGCGAUCGUGGCCGCCCUCUUGCCAGUGGCCUCUGCGACACCUAGUCUACCGGCACAGCUUACCGCCCAGCUGGGUCACGCAGCACAACUAGCAGCGGCGAAUGCGGUGCAGCACCCCACUACGGCUAACCUAAAUCUUAAUCUCAAUUCAGCGGCCGUAGCUGCAGCGGCAGCAGCCUUGGCCGGCGUUCAUCCACUAACAGCAGCCUCGAGCCUUGCCCUCAGUGGAUCGUUGGGUGGCAGUGGUGGUGGUGGAGGAGGUGCUGGUCCUGUCUUAUCGCCAGUCGGAGGAGGUGUACCUUCGUUGCCUGGAGGACCCACCGGAACUUCGUUAGUGUCUUCCGGGACAGCUGCUUUGACGAACAACAGCAGCAGCAGCAGCAGCAGCAGUACUAACAACAGUGGAAGCAGUAGCAGUAACAAUAGCAGUAGUGGUGGUGGCGGUGGGGUGGCCGCUACCGACAGCAAUAAAAGUGAUCUACAGGUUGUAAUCCUAGACUGACCCGAACCGUCGAAGAACAUGCACUUUUCCCAGCAGCAGCAGCAGCAGCAGCAGCACCAUCAACAUCAUCAGCAACAGCACCACCGUCAGCAACAAUCCAAUAUGACGAAUUCACAUAGACACCAACAUCAGCAGUACCACGCCCAUAUUCAUCUGUCUCACCAUCCCGCGUCUCAGCAAGGAAUUCACCAUCAGCAACAGCAACAGCAACAGCAGAACUUACGCCACUACAACAAUUCUCACCUGCAGCAACACCAGUUACGUCAACAGCAGCAGCAGCAACAGCAGCAACUGUUGCUACAGCAACAAUUCCAACAGCAUCAAUCCCAGCAGCAUCCAUCGCAACUGGCGCCACCGAUAACAAACCAUAACAGUUAUCAUCAGCAUAGUCAUCUUUUACAUCGACCACAGAACCAAUCGCAGCAACAACCGCCACAUCCGUACACCAUGGAAGCACUGCUCAAUUAAUAUGCUACUAUGCAACACACACACACACACACACAAACGAUGGCAAUGCAAUUCUGUUAACAGGGAAGCAAAAUCAACACUUGUUGGAUGCUUAGUAACGAUGGAUCCGGUCGCGCAUAUGUGAGACAACUGCAGCUCUGCAAGUUUUGCAUGAAUGAUGCUGUAUUGUACAAAGCAAAAAAACGAAAAAAAAACAGAAAAUAAUCACUCGCUGGUUGGACAUAGGAGUGACUGAUUGUGGACUAAGUCGAGUUUCUUUCCAUUGCACCGUGAGUAAACAAACAUGCAUCUUUUUGAGUAGUAGGGUUUAGUUUUAAAGAAAACCUAAAAAGACUAAGGACACUGACAGCUACAAAUUAGCGAAACACACAAACACACCGACACAUACAGUUACACAACAAAACGUAAUGGAAGGGAUCAUACAGAUAAGCAUUAGUAGCAAAGCGAAUAGAAGCGUACGUGCGAGACAGAUGAUGAUGAUGAUGAUGGAUGACGAUGAGUAGGCAUUAGUUAGAAUGAAACAAUGGCGCUAAACGAGAAACCGGUCGGUCACUCGACGGAAUGAAUGAAUGAAUGGACGGAUGGAUUGUGUAGUGAUGGAUGAUUAAGAGCAGGAGCAGGCAGGACAACGGUACGAUGUUGCUCCAAAUUUUAGUUGAUAAUGUAACGAUCUAAAUUAGAUGGACGAUCCUAGAAAUAAAUAGAAUGGUUCUAAACAAACUUUAGCAAGGACUGCAUAAGAGAGAAAUGAAUUAAGAGAAGAAGAAAAAAAAACUCGGACCAUCUCGAACCAUAUGUGUGGUCAGUGCGCAACAACAGGCUAUCCGCACCUGAUACCAGAAGAUGCCCAUUUACAUUUUCUAAUAGAUAUGUGUAGAUGCGCGUAUGUGGAGCGAUGCACUCUGUGGUCUUAACAUUGUAGCAGCAUACUCUCGCGCAAGGAUGAUAGAUGAGACAAAGCGGAAAACACACACACACACAAACACAUUAUAUUAUUACAACUCGUGACACGACGAACGUGAACGUACAACAUGAAAGUACGUAACAAAGAAUUGGGGUUAAAAUGCUCGAAAUACACACACACAUAACAAUACA